AAAAAGACGAAAUUUAUCAGAGUGAAAAACCAAGAUAAAGAGACGAAGAGAAAACCCUCGCGAGUGGCCUCACCAUAAAACUCCGACGGCACUAACUCGCCUGCUGUCUUGUCCGCCACCGUCUCCUCCUCCUCCUCUUCGAGCAGAUCCGGCGAGCACACGAUCCAGAUCUCGCUCGGAGGUCUCCGAUCUGAAUGAGUUCUGCCGAAUCUUUUGCCUCGAUUCUGUUCUAAAGACUGGAUUUCUUGAUCGAUUUCAAGGCCCGAAGGAAAGAAAGGAUGGCGCGGUACCAGGUGGACGGGAAGGUGGUCCAAGGAGUCGACUUGCUGAAGCGGCGGCACUGGGGGUGGCGUCUCGACGUCUGGCCCUUCGCGAUUCUUUAUUCGAUCUGGCUCUUUGCGGUCGCCCCCAGCAUCGAUUUCACCGAUGCUCUGAUCGUUCUCGGCGGGCUCGCCCUCUUGCACAUUCUGGUGCUGCUUUUUACUGCUUGGUCGGUCGAUUUCAGAUGCUUUGUCCAGUUCAGUAAGGUAAAUGACACUCGUCUGGCAACUGCAUGCAAAAUAAUUCCCGCUAAAUUUUCUGGUUCAAAAGAAAUCGUGUCACUUCAUACGAGGAGACCUGUGGCAGGAUCAUCAGCAUCUUCAGUUGGGAACACUGAUGAAAUAUAUUUUGAUUUUAGAAAACAAUGCUUCAAUUUUUCAGUAGAAAAGAAUACAUUUGCCAAACUUCCGUAUCCUACAAAGGAACCAUUUGGGUAUUACCUCAAGAGCAGUGGUCAUGGAUCAGAAGCUAAAGUAGCUGCAGCAACUGAUAAGUGGGGGCGAAAUGUAUUUGACUACCCACAACCAACGUUCCAGAAGCUGAUAAAGGAGCAAGUUAUGGAACCAUUUUUUGUGUUUCAGGUCUUCUGUGUUGGACUCUGGUGCUUGGAUGAAUAUUGGUAUUAUAGUUUGUUCACACUUUUUAUGCUAUUUCUUUUUGAGUCAACAAUGGCCAAGAGUAGAUUAAAAACUCUUACUGAGCUCAGGCGUGUAAGAGUUGAUGGUCAGAUGGUGAUGGUGCACCGCUGUGGGAAGUGGGUAAAGCUUUCUGGAACAGACCUCGUUCCUGGAGAUGUUGUCUCCAUUGGACGCACCACGGGUCAGGAUGGGGAAGAUAAAUCUGUACCAGCAGAUAUGCUUCUAUUAGCCGGAAAUGCAAUUGCAAAUGAAGCUAUUCUCACAGGCGAGUCUACUCCACAGUGGAAGGUUUCAAUUGCUGGUCGAGGUCUUGAGGAUAAAUUGUCUAUUAAAAGAGACAAAAAUCAUAUCCUCUUUGGUGGAACGAAGAUACUGCAACAUACUCCAGAUAAAAGUUUUCAUCUUAGAACACCUGAUGGGGGAUGCCUGGCUGUUGUGCUGCGAACAGGAUUUGAGACAAGCCAGGGCAAAUUGAUGCGAACAAUUUUAUUUUCCACUGAGAGGGUAACUGCAAAUAGCUGGGAAAGUGGCCUCUUUAUUCUAUUUCUAGUUUUUUUUGCAAUCAUUGCUGCGGGCUAUGUUCUUAAGAAGGGAUUAGAGGAUCCAACAAGGAGCAAGUACAAACUUUUCUUGAGUUGUUCGUUAAUAAUCACUUCUGUGAUACCCCCUGAACUACCGAUGGAGCUAUCUAUAGCUGUUAAUACUUCUUUGAUUGCACUAGCAAAGCGUGGUAUUUUUUGUACAGAGCCAUUCAGGAUUCCAUUUGCUGGGAAGGUUGACAUAUGCUGUUUUGACAAGACGGGAACUCUUACGUCAGAUGACAUGGAAUUCCAAGGUGUAGUUGGUUUGGAUGAUACUGAAAAUUUGGAGACUGAUAUGGCUAAGUUGCCUGAGCGUACUGCACAAGUUUUGGCUGCCUGUCAUGCUUUGGUCUUUGUAGAGAAUAAACUAGUUGGCGAUCCUCUUGAAAAGGCUGCACUAAGAGGAAUAGAUUGGAUAUACACAUCUGAUGAGAAGGCCAUCCCCAAAAAGUCUGGUGGUCAUCCUGUGCAGAUUGUACAGAGGCACCAUUUUGCCUCUCACUUGAAAAGAAUGGGUGUUAUUGUUUGUAUUCAAGAACAGUUUUUUGCAUUUGUGAAGGGUGCACCAGAGACUAUUCAAGAUAGGCUAAUCGAUGUUCCUGCAACUUAUGUCAAGACAUACAAGAAGUAUACACGGCAGGGGUCGCGGGUUCUAGCUCUGGCAUACAAGACGCUUCCAGAAAUGACUGUAAGUGAAGCUAGAAACCUCGAAAGAGAUGUGGUGGAGAAUGGUUUGACUUUUGCUGGUUUUGCGGUUUUCAGUUGUCCAAUUCGUUCUGACUCUGCCACUGUUUUAUAUGAACUGAAAGGUUCAUCACAUGAUUUGGUGAUGAUUACUGGUGAUCAAGCUCUGACAGCUUGCCACGUGGCCAGCCAAGUUCAUAUUAUCUUUAGGCCUGCAUUAAUUUUGGCCCGAACAAAGUGUGGCACUAGCUUUGAGUGGGUGUCACCUGAUGAAACUGAGAUGUUUGCCUACAGUGAGAAAGAGGUAGAAGCGCUGUCAGAUACACAUGAUCUUUGCAUAAGUGGGGAUUGCUUUGAAAUGCUGCAGAGAACUGGGGCUGUUUUUAAAGUUAUACCUUAUGUGAAGGUUUUCUCACGGGUUGCUCCUGAACAGAAAGAACUUAUUUUGAAUACUUUUAAAGCAGUUGGUAGGAUGACACUGAUGUGUGGAGAUGGAACCAAUGAUGUCGGAGCACUGAAGCAGGCACAUGUAGGUAUUGCUUUAUUGAAUGCUGUACCACCAGCUCAAUCAGGUGAUGCAUCAUCACAGAAGCAACCAUCAAAACCUGAAAAUAAAGCAGGAAAAACUAAAAAGCCAAAGGCAACAGCUGAGUCAUCUCAUUCCGCUGAACCUGCCAAAAGUAUUACAGCAACAAGCAACCGUCAUCUCACAGCGGCUGAGAAACAGCGUCAAAGAGUGCAAAAGAUGAUAGAUGAAAUGAAUGCAGAGGGUGAUGGUCGCGCUCCAAUGGUUGUCAAACUUGGUGAUGCCUCAAUGGCCUCACCUUUCACAGCAAAGCAUGCCUCUGUGGCCCCCACUCUUGAUAUCAUUCGUCAAGGUCGGAGUACCCUUGUGACUACGCUCCAAAUGUUCAAGAUUCUUGGUCUGAACUGCUUAGCAACUGCUUAUGUGCUGAGUGUCAUGUACCUGGACGGUGUGAAGCUUGGAGAUGUUCAGGCUACCAUCAGUGGGAUAUUCACAGCUGCUUUCUUCCUUUUCAUCUCCCAUGCUCGUCCUUUGCAGACACUCUCCAGUGCUCGACCUCAUCCCAACAUUUUCUGCGCCUAUGUCUUUCUUUCCCUCAUCGGUCAAUUUGCCAUGCACUUGUUCUUUCUGAUUACAUCUGUCAAUGAAGCCUCAAAGUUCAUGCCAGAGGAAUGUAUCGAACCAGACUCCGACUUCCACCCGAACCUAGUGAAUACUGUAUCGUACAUGGUGAACAUGAUGAUCCAGGUUGCAACCUUUGCUGUUAACUACAUGGGCCAUCCAUUUAACCAGAGCAUACCUGAGAACAAGCCUUUCAAAUAUGCAUUAUUUGCUGCAGUCGGUUUCUUCACAGUAAUCACCUCAGAUUUGUUUAGGGAUCUAAAUGACUGGUUACAACUAGAGCCGUUACCUGAGGGGAUGAGGGGGAAGCUGAUGCUAUGGGCUACCCUCAUGUUCCUGGGUUGUUUUGGUUGGGAGAGAUUGCUAAGGUGGGCAUUUCCAGGUCGAAUGCCAUCAUGGAGAAGGCGGCAAAAGCAGGUGGCAGCUAGCAUGAACAAGAAGCUUUUGUAACUAGUUUUUCUAAUUAAUAUGGUACAGCCACAGGAUGUUCACUUUGAUUACUGAUCAAGAGGCGCAGACACAUUUGAUGAGUUAUGAGGGUGUUGCUCUGCCAUUUCCAGUAUAGCCCGACAAUUUUGCUAUAGAUUUGAUGAAAUUGAUGUUAAACAAGCAUGCAUUGAUCUAUGUCAAGGUCCAGAUUGUUUUGCAUUCUCUCAGACAUGCCUGCGAUAUUUUUUUUUUUUUUUGCUUUGCAUUCCCACUGUUGCGGGAGGGAAAUCAUAUGCACACGAAACUGAACUGCAAAUGCAGCCUUAUUUUACCUGUCAUCGAAAACAGAACAUUCACUUGUUUCAUUCUGAAUUAAUGGUUAAACAUUUCGUUGCAAAUGAAUGGUGCUUAA